AUGCGCACUUAUUGGCCUCUCUUUCUGGCUUUGACCGGGUCAGCUCGCGGACAAUAUAACAGUACAGUUCUGGGUGCUCAAGCCACGCCAUCACCGCCCUCGUCUUCAGCGGAAGCUGCUGAGGAGACCUUCCAGGCGCAAGGUGGAGGUUAUGGCCAGGGCAGCACUUGCAAGACCACAAGCACGAUAUACGAAUAUGGAAAGCCUUCCACCUCUACUAUCAAAGUUACUGUCACAUCACCUCAGACAUGCCCAAAGCCGGUCACCAAAACCCAGACUGUCACCUCGUCGCAGGGAUACGGUGGCGGCUAUCCUGUAACUGUCACAGUCACGUCUACGAAGGAAGUCACCAAAUCUGCCGGAAACAAUCCUUCCCCACCAAAGACAAUCACUGUCACUUCUACGAAGGAAGUCACCAAAUCUGAUGGGUACAACACUCCCCCCAAGACGAUAACUGUCACAACUACCAAGUCUGGUUAUAUUACGGUCACUUCUCCUGGAUACUGCGCAAACCCACCUCCCAUGACUACUACAAAGCUGGUCCCAACUACCGAAAUCAGUUACACAACGACUACAGACUACAAAACUAAAACGGAAACUGAUACUACCACAAAGACCGAUACUACAACGGAAACCGACAUCACCACGAAGAGUGACACCACCACGAAAACCGACACCACCACGCAGACUGACGUUUCUACUACGGUCAGCAUCUCUACGUCUACCUACACCUCUGUCACCACUUACUCUACUACACUCACCGAGACUAGUACGCUGACACUACCGGGAACCACUUCUGUCACAACAGAGACAGUCGUCUCUACAGUCACGGCAACGCUUACCCUGACUGACUACAUUUCCGUGACGCAGACUGUUCCUGGACCGACUGUGUCAAUUCCAGGCCCAACAGAGACUACAGUGCAGACAGUUUCAAUCCCUGGUCCAGUACAGACAGUAUCAGUGCCUGGGCCUGUCGAGACGGUAUCAGUACCUGGACCAAUCGAGACCAUCAUCAGUUUCCAGCCGACAACGACAACAGAGAGGAUCAGCAUAACGACAACCUCUCUCACAACUAGUAUAUCUACUUCAGUGUCAACUUCGACAACGACAGAGUUCAUUGUGACUACUUUUACUCAAUCUGGUACCACAAUCACUAGUACCGAGACAGUCACCUCUGAAGUGUUGAUCACGACUACGUUCACGCAGACUCUGCCAACAACUGUGGUUUUGACAUCUGAUCGAACUUUCACCCUCACAACUCCAGGCCCUACGCAGACCGUCGAAGAGACCGACACCGUUACCACGACAGUUGAAGAGACGGAUACUCUUACUCAGACAGUAACCGAGGUGUCCACUUCACUCAGCACUCUGACCCUGCCACCACAAGUCAUCGUGACUACGACCACCCUCGAGGGUGAGACUUCAACAAUCACAACUCAGCUCCCGCCUAGCACGGUAGUAUCAACGAUCGUGUCGACUCUCACUUUCCCGCAGGUCACAGUGACUUCUGUCAGCGUCUCGCCUCCUGAGACCGUAAUAGAGACAUUUACACAGCCAGGUCAGAUUACUACCACGACUUUGACUCUUCCCGGAACUUCCAGGAACUACUUCCGUGGUCACGACUCAACUUCCCGCGAGUACCGUAGUUUCGACACUGACGCUGCCUGGCGAGGUCACGACAUCGACUGUCCAACUUCCCGGAACUACAUCUGUGAUAACUACCCAACUUCCCGCGAGCACCGUGGUCUCGACAGUAACGCUCCCGGGUGA